CGCAAAGUCCCCGUCCAGUACCUCUUUUGUCAAGAAAACGUGCAAGGGAGACUUGGGGAUGACUUGGGAGCCGCAUGGGUGGUAUCGGUGCUUACUCGCCGUUUGCACCGUGGCCGCCGCAGGGCAGUUGGGCUUAGCAACGAGACACGACGUUGAGGGCGAGCCAGCACUACGCUGCCAAGCGUGGACGGCAGAGAGGCCACUGCGGAGACUCAUGAGAUGGACUUUGCUUUGGUGAUAAGGAAGACGUCUCCCGCCUUGGCCGUGACGACGGAAGGGGAAGGGGGAAAGAAAGCGGAAGCGUAAAGCAUCCAACUUGCAAUACAGGCCAGGUCAUCGCCAUCAUCAGCAUCACAAACGCUGGUGCAGAUCACCAAACCCGGGGCCGUUUGAAAGCAGCAAGUAACAGCAGAUUCAUCAUUCAGCUGCAGGCUUCCGUGAGACCUACCCAUCAUUCACUCUCUCCAAAGUCUCGCCUCUGCCAUCCGCAUGGUCCGCCCCCAAUCUAACAGCCUACAUCCCAGCCAGCUUCACUACGACAGCACAGGCCAGCACGAGUCUGUGUGUUUCUUCAUCUUGUCUCGGGGGAUCCGCUGAUCGCCUCUGGCUGUUUAGCACCGCCUGUGCCGCCCGCUCUCGCCGUCGGCCGCAUUUUCCGCGCGUGUUGACAACAGCAUCUCCGCCAGAUACGCAGAACGAUAUAAGGGAAACAGGACGCGAGAAGAUUAAACCAAAAAAGUAAUUUACGCGAAUUACGGAUUAUCGCCGUCAAGACUCUCCGGAAAAGGAAACCGGUCAGGCAGACUCAGAAACAAAAUCACCGCUUACAGCACCCAACAACGCUAAAAUUAUCGGGCCACCAAAUCUGAAUCAGCACCAGCGUGAGACGGUCCGGCUGCUUUGGGAAAAAGACACCCGCCCGCGCGCUGACCACGUUUCUACAUUGUUCCCCAAACCUCGCUAUUUUUAAUUGUUCAUUUUAACUUUCCCACUCGACAACCCUUCAAUCUCGCCUUCAUCUUACCUGUCAAAGUUACCGCUCUGAGCCUGCUUUCCGUCGCCGGUGGCCUGCACAACACAAUCGCAAACAAAUAGCGAAUCCCGCCCGUUACCCACUUACACCCAGCCUGCAGCCCGCCACGCAUCUUACACAACGAUCGACCACGCCUACACCGCGCAUUGUUGUGCAUUGCACACGAAACCCACCGAGUUUGUUUUAUCCUCCGCAAGCAACGCAUAACAAACGCCUAUUCGACACUUUAAACGCUUCAAAAAUGGCGGACGUCGCCUCCGUAGACUCGAUCCCGAGGAUGAUGGAGGACUUCCCGUCACCGCCCAGCGAUUCCGGAGACCAUGUCACCAGCAAGAUCCUCAGCAUGUAUGCUACAAGGCCUCUACCCGAUGUCCCCGCCAUCCCGCCACGAUCAGCACUCAGAGAAAGCCAAAGAAGGCGAACCGGCCAUUCCAUGUCCAUGUCUGCCGACUUUACUCAUCACAAGAGCGAUUACAGCGCCUACAGAAGCGAGUACUAUAAGAGCGAUUACAGUGCUUAUAAGAGCGAGUACAGCGAGUACGACAAGAGUGAUAUGAGUGCUUACAAGAGCGAGCAUUACAAAAGUGACUACAGCGCAUACAAAAGCGAACACUACAAGAGCGACUAUAGUGCCUACAAGAGCGAAUACUACAAGAGCAUGACACCACCGCAGCGUGCAACCAGCUCUGCUCCCAAUGGCCACGCUCGGAGUCCAUCACAAGCCUCAGCGACAUUUUCGACAAAAAGCUCGACUCGCCGACACUCUCGCCGGUCAUCUCAAAAGAUUCAACAGCUGACAGGUCACGACGUGGAUGUAAUGGACGAGUAUAAGUCACCAUUUGCCCCGCUGCCAAGCGACGCCUCCAUCGAGACCGGCAGUGUCUACACACUCAACUCUGCUGCCUCUUCCGAGUCUGAUCUUCUUCGCACAUCAACCGAAGAUGGCCUUUUACCUCUUCUUGAAGAAGAUGAGGAAGGCGGCCCUUCUACAAGAGAGAGUUCGUGGGGUCCUCCCGUCGGACCCUCACCUUCUGUGCCUGCCCCUCUCAACAUCUCUCGCCAGCCUACUAUUAUCAAGCGCAACUCUGCCAAAGAGUUUAGCUUUGAUGAUGCUUUCAAUCUAGACACCAACUUUCUUCGUCCAUGGGAGCCAGGCUAUGGCCAGUUUACAGACCGGAAAACUGCUGGCCAGUAUCACAAGAUUGCCGUUGAGCUGGCCGCCGCUCCUGGAACCGCCACCAUCCACAAACCCGCACCACCUCCCAUCUCUAGACCUCCUCCUGUCAGCGCUCGCCGAAUCAGUGUCAUUAGCAACGCACCAACAGCAGCGCAGAACAGAGCUGUACCUGCACGAUACCGCUUCUCCGGAACAGCCGCAUUUUCUCGCCUCUGUGACACCCUGUGGUCUAACGAGGAGGAUAACGAGAUUACACAAAUCGGCAUCAACUAUAGCGACCCUCCCGCAACACAAGACACCGUGACUGACGCAACCGAGGACGACGAACCGCGUGAUGAAUCUCGAGACACACUUGAUUUCUUCUCCAAGCCUCUCGCCUUUCGAUCUCUCAAGAGAACGGAGAGCACAGCGGCUCCCAAGGCUAAACCAGCCCCCAAGCUCGCCCCAUCGAGUAGCAUCAAGAAGCCAGCCCCUCCACGACCAGCAAGAACCAGCCUCGAAGAUCUUAAGCUAGAACCACGACCUAGCAAGAGUGUCGCCUUUGAGAUUACGGAGCCCCCCAAGGUAGCCCGACCUGUGACCCCCGCUGCUCGCCCCGAGCUUCUCAGUGCCUUUGACAGCGAUAGCGAGUCUGAAUUCGAGCGUCCCAUCAGCUCCGGCCUUGGCCUUCGUCAAUGGUGGGCGCGCCGUAGCGACUGGGACCUGAGCAACACCGCUGCUGCGGCCGGUCCCAGCAACGAGAACGGUAACAGCAACCUGCGCAAUGUCCGCAGCACCACUCCCAGCAAUGACGGCUCGCGUAUGUCUGGCCACCGCCGCUGGGAGAGCACCGAGCGUCUAAGUCUGUUUGCUCGCAAGACAGAUCACGUUCGAGAACUGUUUAUGCGUGGCCGAACAAGUCCCACGGCAGCAGUCAAGGCAGAAAAGAGACGCUCUGAGAUGAGAAAGAGCAUCAAAUUUAUGCCCGGGCCGACACUCGUCUAAGCCCUUUACGACGUUUACCCAUGAACCUUGCUUUUCCUUCUUUCUCUCUGCAAAGCGAGUAUCAAAAACUAUUCUUCACGUUCUUCCUAUUCUUCCUAUUCUUUUUUUAAGCGAAAAAGACACGGCCUUCGUUCUUCAUACUUUUCCUAUACCAACCUUUGUUAAUCUCGCCUUCAUUCUUCCACUUCUAUUUACAAGUACUACUACCAGUACAGGAUUAUUACCUAUUACACUAUGUUUUUCAUUUGGUUUUCUCAUUUUGGCGGAAAUUUUCUUUUCUUUUUCUGAUACAGGCAAUAAAGCGGGCAGAGCGUCAUUUCUUUAUUUCUUUUUACAGUCUGCAAUUGGCAGCGUCACGAUUUCUUUACGGCGGAGGGGCGUAUAUACCAGUAUACUGUACAUGAGCUUACGAUAUGGCCCUACGGCCACCAAUAUACCACUUUG